AUGAGUUCAUAUUUUCCGCCUGGAGGCCCUGCAGAAGGCUACGAUGCACCCUCAACGCAUGCCGCUGCCCAGUUUGCCGCCCAUCCAGAUAUACUAACAACCCCACAAUAUCCCCACACCAACUCCGUGUGGCAUUAUUCCCAUCAACCUCAUAUGCCUCCUCCGGAGACCCCCCAUGCUCAUUUCCAAAUGGCAUCCGCACCAAGUGAUCGAAGGAAACACAAAAGAACAAGGAGUGGAUGCUUUACAUGCCGUUCUCGUCGAGUGAAGUGUGAUGAAACUCAUCCAAUUUGUGACAGGUGUAGCAAGGGAAAGAGAGACUGCGUCUACCCACCACCCCAAGUAAGGCGAACAGGAAGCCGCACGAAUCUGGGAGCCGCUGAAAAGCCUCCAACUAUACCAGAGAGUGAAUCUUCGGAUGAAAAUAAUGGCGGUACUGGAAAAAGCUGGAAAAAGGGCACCGAAAAAAAAGAGGAACUUAAGGAGGAAGAUCAUCCCAGUAGUGUAUCACCACCAGUAUCCCGACCAAGAGCUACUAUUUCUCGAAGCCAAAGUGCCCAAUCGCUAGUCCGGCGGAAAGGGCGGCCUCCGAAAUCACCAUCGGACGCCCAUGGAAGAGAUAAUUUUCCCAUAAGCGAUAUGAUCUCGACAAUUUCAGGAUGUGGUAAUGAAGCGGCAACAUUCGAAUGCUCUUUGAAGGAAAUUUCUAACUUACCUGGGGUUUCCAAGCUGAAAUACGACGUACAAUUUUUUCUGGCGUAUCAUAGACACAUUAUAACAUUUCGCCAUUAUUUUAUGCGACAAGACGCACAGUCCUUUAUUACUAAAGAUCUCCUUAUGUACGCUGUGCAAUACGAGCCGUUGCUGUACGCUGUCAUCGGCUUCUCAGCAUAUAUUUGCUCCAUCCGACAUCCUAAUGGCAAACUUUACACCUUCCUCAAAUAUUAUAACAAAUCAGUAACAGGCCUACUGAAGUCGCUCAGCACUAACAGCACGCACCAUGAUGCUAUGUUGCUGACGAUUCUUCAGUUAGCAACCUUCGAAGAAUACCUAGGUGACUGGGUGAGCGUUACAGACCACCAUCAAGCCGCCCAACGUAUGCUCACCGAGCUUUAUACCCCAGAAAAAAUUAAUGAAAACGAGUUCCGCCGCUAUAUGUUCUUAUGGUAUGCCCGUUUUGAUGUCGUGUCCGGUAUUUUAGCCGGAAGCGAAGCCAUUUUGAGUCCAGAAUGGUAUAUCGCGUGUGAGUCGUUCGCCGUCGAAGAGGAAGCUAAGGAUCCAGGAAACAUCAACAAACAAUUUUACACAUGUGCCAUCCGCACUAGGAGGGUUGGCAUGGAUAUGGCGUCGUUGAUUGCAAAUGCGUCACGAAUGCUUAUUUCAACUGAAGAAUUUGAACGCCAAAACCACGAUAUCACUGCUCGGCUUGACAAAAUACAAGAAGCAUGGAAUUCUUUGGCCAGUCCAGAUCACCUAGUCAUGUCCUUCCCUAAUAAGGUGCCUCUUGGGCCAGAUGAUAUUGUGGAUCCUUACGUGCCAGGCAGGAUCUAUGACGAAUCAUACUGGGACGUCAACUGUUGUCUGGUUGACAUUCUUGGUACCAGAAUGAUGCAUAAAUACCAAACCGGCCUGUUGUUGCAGCAGCUGGACCUUGCAGAAUUGCAAAGCGACGCAUUAGAGCUCUGCGGUCUUAUUGAAACUAUGGAGCGGUGGCCCAAUAGACCGAAAGACUGGAUUAUACAGGUCCAAUCCUCCUUAGCUCUUUCCACCCUGUUCAUUCCCAGUGAUGAAAAACAUAUCAUGUGGUGUCGGAAACUCUUGGCCAAGGUAGAACAAUUUGGAUUCGUUUAUCCAUCGGCAUUCCGCUCCAAAAUGGCAGAUUUAUGGCAACUGCCCGAACUGAGAUGGUGGUGGCUCCGAAACGAUGAAGGAUGUCCAAAGCUAGUUCGCGAAAUCCGUGAAUGGACCGGUGAGCGCGAGUUAAACCCCCGAGACACAUUUCGGGAGGACGUUCGUGAUUUGAAGACAAUGUUCUGGAGAAUGUCCAUAGAUGACACUAGUAGUUCAGGAAGCUGCACAAGCAACACACUCACGCCUCCUACUACGGUUGGGCUAUACUCUCCAUCCGAACCCACUCCUUAACACCUUUACAAGACAUAUGCCAGAGUGGCUUCCGAUGUAUUCUUAUUUGGAGAAGGUUCACCUUGCCACUCCGCCAACACACAGGUUCAUAUACAUGUAUGUAUCGAUAUAGAAUCGAUCUACCAACCAAACACCUGGAUUUGAACCUCCAUCCUCCCUUUGACAUGAAUACAAGACGUGGAAAUGAACCACACGAGUUCCAUCCAUUACAUGAAAAUGCCCCCCUCCUCGCAAAUGACUCUGUUGUUUGAGGGUUACUCCUUUCUGUCGAAGCAUUGUUUCCCAGUGAACACUACGGAGUACCAGCAACGAAAUACAUGAAAUGCCAGCCGGAAUUGCGAGGAGGGACAAGUUAAGUCGAGAUCUGCAAGCCUAAUGUCACGUACAUAAUUCCGCUUUUAGUUAGGAAUAGAAGAUCCUAGGCGAAAUUAAAACUUC